GGGACUAGUCGCCAUUUUGUUGGCUGGCGGGAGAUCGCGCGUUGUUUCCGGAGACCCCGGGAGAACGGUCUGUUUUUAUCCGUGACCGUCACCGAGCGAGGGCACCGGUGCUCCCGGGUGCCGAUAAUCAUGUAUAUUAAACAGGUCAUCAUUCAGGGCUUCAGAAGCUACAGAGACCAAACAAUUGUUGACCCCUUUAGUUCAAAGCACAAUGUCAUUGUGGGAAGAAAUGGAUCGGGUAAAAGUAAUUUUUUCUAUGCCAUUCAGUUUGUUCUCAGCGAUGAGUUCAGUCAUCUUCGUCCUGAGCAAAGGCUGGCUUUACUGCACGAGGGGACAGGACCUCGUGUUAUUUCUGCUUUUGUGGAAAUUAUAUUUGACAACUCUGACAACAGAUUGCCUAUUGACAGAGAGGAGGUUUCCCUUCGGAGAGUCAUCGGAGCAAAAAAGGAUCAGUAUUUCUUGGACAAGAAAAUGGUGACUAAAAAUGAUGUCAUGAAUCUUCUUGAAAGCGCUGGGUUCUCUCGUAGUAACCCGUAUUACAUUGUCAAGCAAGGAAAGAUUAAUCAAAUGGCCACAGCUCCUGACUCUCAGAGGCUGAAACUUUUGAGAGAAGUGGCUGGAACCAGAGUGUAUGAUGAACGCAAAGAAGAAAGUAUCUCCCUAAUGAAGGAAACGGAGGGUAAACGUGAAAAGAUUAAUGAAUUGCUGAAGUACAUCGAAGAAAGGUUACAUACACUGGAGGAAGAGAAGGAAGAGCUGGCCCAGUACCAGAAAUGGGACAAGAUGAGGAGGGCUCUGGAAUACACCAUUUACAACCAGGAACUAAAUGAGACCAGAGCCAAGCUGGACGAGUUGUCUUCAAAGCGCGAGACAAGUGGAGAAAAAUCACGCCAGCUGAGAGAUGCCCAGCAAGACGCCAGAGAUAAGAUGGAGGACAUUGAACGUUACGUCCGUGAGCUGAAAUCAAAAAUUUCUGCAAUGAAAGAAGAGAAGGAACAACUGAGUGCAGAACGACAAGAACAGAUUAAACAAAGAACGAAACUAGAACUGAAGGCGAAGGAUCUUCAGGAUGAACUGGCUGGGAACAGCGAACAGAGGAAACGUUUAUUGAAAGAAAGACAAAAGUUACUGGAGAAAAUUGAGGAAAAACAGAAGGAGCUUGCGGAAACAGAACCAAAAUUCUCGAGUGUAAAGCAGAAAGAAGAAAGCGGCAUUGCAAGGUUAGCUCAAGCGACCCAGGAACGAACAGAUCUAUAUGCCAAGCAGGGACGUGGCAGUCAGUUCACUUCUAAGGAAGAACGAGACAAGUGGAUUAAGAAGGAGUUGAAAUCCUUGGACCAAGCGAUCAAUGACAAAAAACGACAGAUUGCAGCCAUACACAAAGAUCUGGAAGAUACAGAAGCAAAUAAAGAGAAGAACCUGGAACAAUACAGUAAAUUAGAUCAAGAUCUGAAUGAAGUGAAGGUGCGCGUAGAAGAGCUGGAUAAAAAGUACUAUGAAGUAAAAAACAAAAAGGAUGAACUACAGAGUGAGCGAAACUACUUAUGGCGAGAAGAGAAUGCUGAGCAGCAAGCGCUCGCAGCGAAGAGGGAAGAUUUAGAGAAGAAGCAGCAGCUGCUCCGGGCUGCCACGGGAAAGGCAAUCCUGAAUGGUAUCGACAGCAUUAACAAAGUUCUUGAGCACUUCCGACGGAAAGGCAUCAACCAGCAUGUUAUUAAUGGCUAUCACGGGAUCGUCAUGAAUAACUUUGAUUGUGAGCCAGCUUUUUACACCUGUGUUGAAGUCACUGCUGGAAACAGGUUGUUCUAUCAUAUUGUGGAUUCAGAUGAGGUCAGCACCAAGAUCCUCAUGGAGUUCAAUAAGAUGAAUCUGCCUGGAGAAGUGACUUUUCUUCCUCUCAACAAACUGGACGUUCGUGAUACGGCUUACCCAGAGACGAACGAUGCAAUUCCAAUGAUCAGUAAGCUUCGGUACAACCAACGUUUUGAUAAAGCGUUCAAACACGUAUUUGGAAAGACCCUUAUUUGCCGCAGUAUGGAAGUAUCUACACAGCUUGCCAGGGCAUUUACUAUGGAUUGCAUCACUUUAGAAGGGGACCAGGUUAGCCAUCGAGGUGCCUUGACAGGAGGUUAUUAUGACACAAGAAAAUCCCGUCUGGAACUGCAGAAGGAUGUUCGGAAAGUAGAAGAUGAACUCCAUGCUCUAGAGGCGAAGCUGAAUGAGAACCUCAGAAGGAACAUUGAAAAUAUCCUUUUAUGUCUAUCUAGUCUGAUUAACAAUGAGAUCGACCAGCUAAUGAAUCAGAUGCAGCAGAUCGAGACACAGCAGAGGAAGUUUAAAGCCUCCAGAGACAGCAUCUUAUCAGAAAUGAAAAUGCUUAAAGAAAAGCGGCAGCAGUCUGAGAAAACAUUCAUGCCUAAGCAACGCAGCUUGCAAAGCUUGGAGGCCAGUUUACACGCGAUGGAGUCCACGCGGGAAUCCCUGAAAGCUGAACUUGGGACAGACUUGUUAUCGCAGCUCAGUCUGGAUGACCAGAAGCGAGUGGACGCUCUCAAUGAUGAGAUUCGGCAACUACAACAGGAAAACCGACAGCUCCUAAAUGAGAGAAUCAAGUUGGAGGGGACAAUAACUCGAGUGGAGACUUACCUGAAUGAAAAUCUCAGGAAGAGAUUGGACCAAGUGGAACAAGAACUUAAUGAGUUACGAGAGACUGAAGGGGGCACCGUCCUCACAGCCACCACAUCUGAGCUGGAAGCCAUCAACAAGCGAGUGAAGGAUACGCUGGCUCGAUCAGAAGGCCUGGAUGUAACCAUUGACAAAACGGAAGCAGAGAUCAAAGACCACGUGAAGAGCAUGGACCGUUGGAAGAACAUGGAGAAGGAGCACAUGGACGCCAUUAACCACGACACAAAAGAACUUGAGAAAAUGACAAAUCGCCAAGGAAUGCUUCUGAAGAAGAAAGAGGAAUGUAUGAAAAAGAUCCGGGAAUUGGGCUCUCUCCCACAGGAGGCCUUCGAAAAGUACCAAACACUGAGCUUGAAACAGUUAUUCCGCAAGUUGGAGCAGUGCAACACCGAGCUGAAGAAAUACAGCCACGUCAAUAAAAAGGCCCUCGAUCAGUUUGUCAAUUUCUCGGAACAAAAGGAGAAACUUAUCAAGCGUCAGGAAGAGCUGGACCGUGGCUACAAAUCUAUUAUGGAGCUGAUGAAUGUUCUAGAGCUAAGGAAAUACGAGGCAAUCCAGCUCACUUUCAAGCAGGUCUCCAAAAACUUCAGCGAGGUGUUUCAGAAGUUAGUCCCUGGUGGGAAAGCGACUCUUGUCAUGAAGAAAGGAGACGUGGAAGGGAACCAGUCCCAGGACGAGGGCGAAGGAGGCGCGGAGAGCGAGAGAGGGUCCAGCUCGCAGAGCAGCGUCCCAUCUGUUGACCAGUUUACAGGCGUGGGGAUUAGGGUUUCCUUCACAGGAAAGCAGGCGGAAAUGAGAGAAAUGCAGCAGCUGUCUGGCGGACAGAAGUCCUUGGUGGCUCUAGCGCUUAUAUUUGCCAUCCAGAAAUGUGACCCUGCUCCCUUUUACCUUUUUGAUGAAAUUGACCAGGCCCUGGACGCUCAGCACCGAAAAGCAGUUUCAGACAUGAUCAUGGAACUCGCAUCUCAUGCUCAGUUUAUUACAACAACCUUCAGGCCCGAGCUGUUGGAAUCCGCAGAUAAAUUUUAUGGAGUCAAAUUUCGAAACAAGGUGAGUCAUAUUGACGUGAUCACCGCCGAACAGGCCAAGGACUUUGUCGAAGAUGACACCACGCAUGGCUGAGUCCCCCCGACACAUUUCACUAUGACGUUGUACAGAGUAUUAUUACCUGUUGUUAAAUGCGCCCUGAGUUAUGUAUAUUUAAAAGUGGAGUAUUUUCCCCUCCUUUACCUUCGGGUUUAAAGUGCUAUUCUAACAUUUUUGGACCUGCUGGCUUGGCAUUUUGUACAAUUAGCUGUAGCUCCAUUUUAUGUUAAUUGUUCGCUACGUGACUUUAUACGAUACCUUUGUACUUUUCCUCCCCGUAUCGGCAGCGUUUUCCCCUCCAGUUUUUAAUGCUUUUCAAGUCUCCUAAUUUUACCGCACUGCCUCGUGCCGUCUUUUAAAUUGCCUCAAUAAAGCUGUUAAUUUUACAUGUCCGUCUGCUGGCGUAAUAAAUAACAUGAUGGA